AUGCCGCCCAGACGGAAAAGCCUCAAAACAGCGACGCCAAAAGCACAAGGAACUUUGCGCGACUUCUUCGGCAAGCAGAAACAGCCUACGUCUGCGCCGAAGGAAGUGAUUGUUAUUGACUCUGACACCGACACCGACUCAGAUAUUGAGGUCUUCCCCAAGAAACGGAAGCUCCUCUCUGGAUCUAGCGUGGAGAUAGUGGGAAACUCGAGCAAACCCACGAAACGCGUCUCCUUACCAUCAGUGCCGGCUUUGAGCUUCGGACAACCGACUCUUCUCCUUUCCGACGCUCCUUGCCCAUCUCUCCUCCAUCCAGCAGACGACGAGGCGACGGAAGAAAGCACGAAAUUCAACGAAGCUGCUGUCUAUGAAGAAGAUUGGGGAACGGGAGAUGAUGAAAUCGGAGUUGCGGACAACGAAGAAGAGGACCCAAGUGCAAUCGACGACAUUGCGUCGCUGGUUUGUCCGUUGUGUCAGUUAUCGCUUAGCAGCCUGUCUGAACUGGAUCGUCAAUCGCAUGUUAACUCUUGUCUCGAUGCCGCCUCAGCACAGCCACAGGCAGGCCCCUCCGAACUUAAGCCCCUCUCCGCCAUCCCCAUACCAAAUGCCUGCGCUCCGUCUAAGAACGAUGCCUUCUCUGUCUUGAUGAACAUACGCAAAGAGAAUGCUGUCUGGACGGAAGCUGAGGCUGCUGAAGCUUCCCGAGCCACCAAGAAGAAUCGCAGGAAGGCCCCAUUUUACAAGGUCAUGGAGGGAAUGCCUAUAGCAGUCGAUGCUUUUAGGUAUGGGUCUAUUCCUGGGGUGACUAGUUACUUCUUAACCCACGCACAUUCCGAUCACUACACGAACCUUUCUUCCUCAUGGAAACACGGGCCAAUUUACUGCUCCAACGAAACUGCGAAUCUCAUCACUCAUAUCCUCUCGGUCGACAAGCAAUGGGUCCACCCUCUUCCUAUGGAUGUUCCAAUGCUUGUCCCCGAUUCCGGCGGUGUCCACGUUACUCUCAUCUCGGCGAACCACUGCCCAGGAUCUUGCCUCUUUCUAUUUGAAGGGCCGCAAACUGUUCACGCCGGCGAUAGCUCAUUUCCAUCCCCGUGGAUUGGUUCGUCGAGGACAUUCCGCUACUUACAUUGUGGAGAUUUCCGAGCGUCUCCACAGCACACAGAACACCCGGCGGUCAACGGAAAGCGUUUAGAUCAUGUUUACCUCGACACGACCUAUCUUGAUCCAAGAUAUACCUUUCCGCCGCAGCCACUUGUUAUUUUGGCUUGUGCUGAUUUGGCGAAGCGUCUCUCCGAGGGAAAAUCUCCAGACAGCGCUGGUUCGACCAGGAUGGAUCAAUACAUGACUUCACCUGUGAAAAGUAAACAGAAAGAGCGGGAGCGCAUUCUUAUGGUUGUUGGGACGUACUCGGUUGGGAAAGAAAGAAUUGUGAAAGCGGUCGCGGAAGCCAUCGACUCGAAGAUUUACUGCGACGCACGCAAAAUGGGCAUCCUGCGUUGCCAAUCUGACCCUGAUCUCCAUGCAAUGUUAACGGACGAUCCUCUCGCUGCAGACGUGCACAUCCUUCCGCUCGGCAAAAUUGCUGCAGACAAGUUACAAGCAUAUCUUGAUCGAUUCAAGGGGACGUUCACCAAGGUUAUCGGGUUCCGGCCAACAGGCUGGACUUAUUCACCACCUGCGGGGGCUAUACAGUCACCCACCAUAUCUUCUGUCAUCGUUCAGACACAGCAAAAGACAUUCACUCAUGCGAAUCUCCGUCCGUCACGCACGACCAGCGCUGCUGUUUUGCUAUACCCGAUACCAUACUCGGAACACUCGUCGUUCUUUGAGCUGACAUGUUUCGCACUUGCCCUGGACUGGCGGAGGAUGAUCGCGACAGUGAACGUGGGGAGUCAGAAGUCGAGGGUAAAGAUGGAUGCAUGGAUGAAAAAGUGGGAAGCGGAGAGGAAGAACCUGAAGGUGCGACCGAGACGGUCUGAUUUUUGGUGA